CGCAGAGAUGCUGCAAAGAGGGAGGCGGGCGGGGAGGAACUCGGUCCGCUUGCAGAGGCGGCGGCGGCGGCGAGCGCCGGGCUGGCUGGGCAGGGCAGGCAGUGAGGAGGCAGCCGGCCUGAGCCCGCCGCAGCAGAGGUCGGGGAAGGGCAGGCGGGGGCAGCGUGGCGGCGGCGGUGGACCCCAGCAUGACAGAUGAUAACCUGUCGGGCACCAGUGGGAUGGAGGUGGACGAUCGCAUCUCCUACCUGGAGCAGCGCCUGCAGCUGCAGGAGGAUGAGGUCCAGGUGCUCAAGGCGGCCCUGGCGGAUGUGCUCCGGCGUCUGAGCACCUGCGAGGAGAAUGGACUCAGCCUGCAGAAAAAGGGACCCAAUAAAGUGUACCAGCUGCUGAGGGGGCUGCCCUCCAGGCCCAGCCUGAGCAAUGGGAUUGUCCCGCCGCCGAGGAGAGGCUACUCCACCUCCCCAUCCUCGCCCAAGAGAGAGCUGCUUCCUGGGAAAAGCGGGCGCAGCUGCCCCUCUCCGGAAUGCCCCGCCUCACCCAAGCGCGAGUGUUUCAAGGACCAGAGGAGCCGCACCACCUCCUCAAGCAGCUCCUACAGCGGGAAACGCGAAGGCAAACCGAAAGAAGCCACCUUCAGCGCUGAGGAUGGUUACGUGAAGAUGUUCCUGAGGGGGCGCCCGAUCCCCAUGUUUGUCCCUGAUGCUGUCGUUGCCACCUACAGCCUGGACGCCAAGCUGGACCUGCCUCAUAAGAAGCUGAAGCUGGACUGGGUCUAUGGAUAUCGGGGCCGCGACUGCCGGGCCAACCUCUUCCUGCUGCCCACGGGGGAGAUUGUGUAUUUUGUGGCAGCCGUGGCAGUCCUCUACAACGUGGAGGAACAACGCCAGCGCCAUUACCUGGGCCACACCGAUGACAUCAAGUGCUUGGCUGUGCAUCCUGAUAUGGUAACCAUAGCAACUGGGCAGGUGGCUGGGACUUCGAAAGAUGGCAAGCCAUUGCCUCCGCAUGUCCGGGUCUGGGACUCGGUGAGCCUGAACACCCUUCACGUCCUGGGGCCUGGCCCCUUUGACCGAGCUGUGAGCUGCGUGGGAUUCUCCAAGUCUAACGGAGGCGGCCUCCUGUGUGCCGUUGAUGACUCCAAUGACCACGUCCUGUCGGUCUGGGACUGGCAGAAGGAGCAGAAGCUUGCAGAUGUGAAGUGCUCCAACGAGUCGGUGCUGGCUGCCACCUUCCAUCCUACGGAGCCAACGCUGCUCAUCACCUGUGGAAAAUCCCACAUCCACUUCUGGACGCUGGAGGGAGGCAGCCUCAGCAAGAGGCAGGGCAUCUUUGAGAAACACGAGAAGCCCAAGUACGUUCUGUGCGUGGCUUUCACAGAGAAUGGAGACACCGUGACUGGGGACUCCGGGGGCAACCUCUACAUCUGGGGGAAAGGGGGGAACCGGAUUUGCCAGGCCGUGCCAGGAGCCCAUGAAGGUGGCAUCUUUGGCUUGUGUGUGCUGCGGAACGGGACCAUCGUCACGGGAGGCGGAAGGGACCGGCGAGUCGUACUCUGGGGACGCGAUUACCAGAAGCUGCAGGAGAACGAGGUGCCCGAGGGUUUUGGGCCUGUGCGCACUAUUGCAGAAGGGAAGGGCGAUUCCCUCUUCGUGGGCACCACCCGCAACUCGGUGCUGCAUGGAUCCUUGGCUACCGGCUUGUCCCUGCUGGUGCAGGGGCACACAGAGGAACUCUGGGGUCUGGCCACCCAUCCUACCCUCGACCAGUUCUUGACCUGUGGACAAGACAAACAGGUCCACUUGUGGAGUGUGGCUACCCACCAGCCCCUGUGGAGCAAAGGAAUUGAGGAUGCGGCUCGCUCAGCUGGCUUCCACCCCAGCGGUUCAGUGCUGGUGGUGGGUACUGUGACUGGCAGGUGGCUGGUUUUGGACACAGAGACCCGUGACCUGGUGACCAUCCAUACCGAUGGAGGGGAACCCAUCUCUGUGGUCAGCUUCUCUCCAGAUGGCAAAUACCUGGCCCUGGGCUCCCAUGACAACUUUGUCUACAUCUACGCGGUUUCCGAGGGCGGCAGGAAGUACGGGCGCCUUGGCAAGUGUUCGGGUCAUUCCAGUUUCAUCACCCAUCUGGACUGGGCCUUUGACAGCAGCUGUUUGGUCACCAAUUCUGGCGACUAUGAAAUCCUGUACUGGGACCCCUCCUCCUGCCGGCAAAUCACCAGUGCCGACACCGUGCGCAACAUGGACUGGGCCACUGCCACCUGCGUGUUGGGCUUUGGGGUCUUUGGGAUCUGGCCGGAAGGUGCGGACGGCACCGACAUCAAUGCCGUGUGCCGCUCCCACGAUGGGAAGCUGCUGGCCUCUGCCGACGACUUUGGCAAAGUGCACUUGUUCUCCUACCCCUGCUGCCAGCCCCGGGCCCCCAGCCACACCUACAAUGGCCACAGCAGCCACGUCACCAACAUUGCCUUCCUCCACGACGACCGUCUCCUUUUCUCUACCGGUGGGACUGACACCAGCGUCCUUCAGUGGCGCCUCGUCUAGGGAGGAUGGCAAGCCCCCUCCUGGGGAGGUGGGAGGAGGGGCUGAACGGUGCA